AAUUAUGUUAUUUAAUCAUGGUUGUGUAACAAUUAACAAUACUUUUAAAAUCUAUCUAUAUAGAUAUCUAGAAUACUAUUGAAAUACUACUAGACCUUCUAGAGUCUAAAUGUAGAUAGGUAAUAGGUAAAACGAUGGAUCCUGAAAAUAACAUGAAAGAAAUUGUGUCACAUAUGCAAAAAAGCCUUGAGUGUUCCAUUUGUCUGGAUCUUUUGAACAAUCCAGUCUCAACAAAAUGUGAUCACCAAUUUUGCAGUUUCUGUAUCUACAAAUUUCUGCAAAACAAGCGUUACGUCCCAUGCCCUCUAUGCAAAAAGCCCAUAACUAAAAGAGGUCUUCAGGAAAGAACAGAUCUAACUGGAGUCAUUGCUCAUGUAAAGAAACUCAUCACUGCAUUUGAAGCAGAUACAGGAGAAAAAAUCCAACCUGGUGUGUCACCAACUCCUUUAAAAGAUUUAAAAGCAAGUACAAAAGAUAACAAUGAUCAAAACAAGGAAAGUGCAUCUGCAGAUUUAUCCAAUGAAAAUAAUUGCUCAAAGGUCAUUACAAAUGUUGAGUGUGUGCAGCAUAAAAGAAUCAGUCGUUCUAGAGCCAAAUGCAGAGUAACCAAGAGACCAGUCUCCCCCCAAGUCCUAUUGGUUGAUGUUGUGCUGGCUUCUGAUGAGAGAUUAGGGAAUUCUGAACCAAAGAAUAUAACAUCAAAUGUACAGCAUGGACAAGAAGAACAAAGUGUUGGCAAUUUAUUGCAAUAUCUUGAAAAUGGAGCAUGUGGAGAAAAAGUGAUGUCAACACGUGCUGCCGCCAAAAAACAUAAUUCAAGAAACUCGCCAACUGUGGAUGAAAGUGUAAUUGAGAAAAAUGCAAGUGUUAAUGACAAAAAAAUUAAACAUAAACAGAAAGAAAGUGAUAUACUUUUUAUUGAGAAGUCUAAUUUCUUAUCAAAAGAUAACAAUGGUUUCCAAGAAACACUUCAAGGUGAAAAAUCUGCAUUAAAAAAUGGUACAUUUGACAGCACCAAUAAAAUAAGCACUAGAAGUUCAACAAGAAAUGCUCCCCCAAAAAAUGGUAAUGUUUCAUUGGCGACAAAGAAAGAAGAAAGUGAAGCUGGGGAGGUGCUUUGUAGCUCAUCAUCUUCUGCUGCAAGUCAGUCCUCGACUCAGCUGUUGAUGAAGCCUAUACCUGUGGUUUCUAGAACUUACUCAAAAGGGAUGCAAAAUUUGUUCCAGUCUGAAGGAAGUGUCCGAAAUUGGGUGGAAACAUUGCCGAAAAUUGACUCCAAAGACUUGAAUGUUGAAAAAGAAAUCAAACUUCUUACCACCAAAGAUAAAAUCAAUUUGAAGAAGAGUGGUAAUAUUAAACUAUUUAACAACAAUAUUAAUAGUCUUUCUAAAACUUGUGAUGAUAACAAUUUUGUGAUGGAGAACAAAAUGGAAGGAACAAAUGUUUUAGAGCCUCAGGUAACCCCUAGACCAAGAAGAAGCAUAUUCAAAUGUCACUCGAAUGACAAAGUUUUGAAUAAAAAUAUUGAAAGUAAGGAUCCUUUUGAGUUCACAAGUAGCCAGACACUAGAUAAAGAUAGUUGUCAAACUACUAGGAAAAGAAAAAUUAAUAAGUGUGAUGCAAAAACUAAAAAGGUUGAAAAACUAGUUCCUCUUCAUUUGAUUUCAGCACCAAUCUCUAAAUCGCUGUGUGAUCAAGCAACAUGCCAAGUUGGAUCUCAAGAAACCAAAACAGUUCAUGAGCAAAAAUCAUCCAUUCAAAAAGAGGCAGAAGUGACACUGACUUUAAAAACAGGAGACAUUGCAACUGAUAUAUCUGGCAUAAGGAAUGCACAGACCAUAUGUCAUAGCUCUGCAGAUGCUGUUCAAAAUCAACACAUACACAAUGAGCCUAUACGUGAAGAUGAAUGCACUGAUUUAAACGUGAUACUUGCAACCAAUAAACAUAAUAUCAGUGAACCAGCACUGGAUGACAAACAUACUAAUUCUAACAUAAUGCCUUUAUCUAACAGCACUGGUGAACAAAGUGUGCAAGUAAACAUUGCAACUAUCAGAAAAAUCAGAACUGCUAAGAAGAGAGUGCAGCUGCAAAAAAAGAGAAAAGUCAUUGAGAAAGAAGAUAAUGUUUUAUCUCAGAAGUCUGGCAGUGAAAUGGAGAAACUUAUAAAUAAAAUCAGCCAGGCUGAAGACCAUGAGCUUUUGUUUAGUACCCAAGAUGUCCACAAGAAAAUGGAAGAAAGUAAUUGCACUUACCAGUCUGAAAUAAAUGACUUGAAGAAUGCAGAGAGCAAAUCUUUGAUUUGUGAUGGUGAUUUUUCAGAAUCAUACAACACUGACACUAUUAGUGAUAGUUUAACAGUUCCAGUCUUUGUAGGUCAACAAAAAUAUGGCAAAAUUCCCACAGUUUGUGAUUCUGACAAUGUAUCAAACUUAGAAAAGAUAUGUGAAACACAAUGUUCUGUUAACUCAAUCAAUCAAUCAACAGCAACCAGAGAAAUUCAAAAUAAGGUACAUGUAGAACAUGGUACUCUUAAUAAAAAAAUUAAAAAAUCUAGUUUUUCACAAAUAAAUCAUUUACCUGCUUCAGAAAACUCUCAAAUAAUUAGUUUGUCAAAAAAUGCUAUAUCAACCAAAAAUUUACCAGAGAAACCAAAGACAACAGUAGCCAAGAAUUUAUUACAGAAUUCUAAGACAUCAUCAUCUGAAAGUUUACAAGAAAAUGUAAUGGUAUCAUCAGUUAAAGCUUUAGAUGAAAAUUUAUUGGAAAAUUUAAAGAACCCACUAGAUGAAACUUUGUCAAAGGUAACACAGACUCCAGAACCAAAAACUUUGUCAGUGAGUUUAAGUAAACCACAAACGGGCAACAUUUCUACAAAAAAUUCAGAUACGCUCCAAAUCAAAACUAUGCUACCGAACCUUCCAGUAAACAGAGAUGUAACUGAUUCCCCCAAAACUCCACAAAAUAAAUUAUUGUCACAGAACUUAUGGACAUCACCAGGAAAACAAAAGUUGUUUGACUCCGAUACUCCUCAGUCGAAGCAUAUUAACAGAAGAUCUCUGAGCUUGAAGUUCCCCAUUCCUAAUGUGAAAGAAAUGAUCCAGGUUUCUCCAGGACCCAAAGGAUUUGUUCCUGUACACCACAGUUUAACUGCCUCUGUGAUUAGCAGCUCUGAUGACCUUGGUGUACUAGAUGACGAUCAUGAGUCAACAAUUUCAAGUCAUAAAAUAAAUGUUUCAGUAGUGGAUAAUGUUAUUUCCAAGAGCAAUGUUGAUGCCCAAGACAAUGCAAUGAAUGUAGAGGACCUAAACCAUGACAGUGUGAAUUCUGCAAGUAAGAAAAAAAAAUCUAACUUUCUUUUGCCAGAGUAUUCCCCAACUGCAAAUGAUGUGGUUGAAAGCAUCCCUGUUGUUCUUGUCACAGACACACUGAUGGACAUUAGCCCCACAAAAGUUGCUGGUCAGACUCAAUUGACCACUGUUAUACAUGACACUUUAGACAAUGAUCACAUAACAAAUUUAAAUGAUGGCCAAGUAACAGCUAAUACUGAGCAAUGGUCACUUAUGGCAGAUAAAGAAACUGCAGCCACUCAUAUACUCCAGUCAGUAGACUCUGAUGUUGUUGGUCAAAAUCAUUUGGGUGUUAACUUUAUUCCUGGGGAAACAGAAUGUAUUGCCAUUACUGAUAAACCUUAUCAGUCUACUGUAAAUGAAAUUUAUAGAGAUUCCUUAUCAUCAACACUUUGUCAAGAAAAGGAAUUUAGUGCUUCAAUUUCAAGAACAGAAGCAUAUUCACAGAAUAAAGAAACUGUUGAUGUUGCAAAAGCUAUGGACCAUUCCCCUAAUGUCUACGAUGACGUUUCAAGAGGGGAUAAAUUGUUAUCUGAAACCCCUCAAGAAACUCCUUCAACAAUAAGCCAGUCAAUUUUACAUGUGAACCUGAAUCCAAUAAGAGGGACAAUUGAUAAUACUGUUCCAUUUCUUGAAAGUGAAAGCAACAGUGCUGGUAAACAAUUAUUUUCUAACCAAAGAAAUGAUUUUAAUGAUUGCAUUAGUGAAACUGAGCCUUUCACUCAAGUUUCGCUAAGUAAAUGUCAGAAACACUUGUCACCUGAUGUAAUUAACCAUGACAGGAAGCACACAUUUUAUUCUGAAAAACAUUCUCAAUACAAGUCUGUGAACAGAACUGCUCAACUGUCUAAGACACCCUUAGAUUUAUCAGUGAACAGUGCACCUGGUAGAUUUGACUUGACUGACAAUAAAGAUGAGAACAACAUGCUACUGGUGCGGAGGUCAAAGCGAAGAUGCUUAUCACUGGACAAUACACCUCUGAAACCUAUUGUUUUUGUUGACAAGCAAAAAGUAGAUGAAGCUGAAGAGCUUAUUGGUGAAACUGAAGCUGUGGAAGCUCUGGUGAACUGCACUGAAGGAGAGAAGCCUGUUGGUUCAUCUCCAGAAACAGCAGUAAGCAUGGGUUCAUUGUUAGAAGAUAUCGAAGUUGAUCUUCCAAUAGCACACCAUGAACCUCAAUCUGAAAACGUAGAAAGCUCUGUAAAGCCAGCAGAAACUUGUUUACUUUCUGUUAAGCCCAAUAGUUUUAACAUUGCAACGUCAUCAAAACUUCAAAAAGAUUCUAGUUUAUCAAUGGAGCAGUGCUCAGUCAUAUCAUCCACUGAGAACUAUCAAAAAGAUUUUGAUGUUUGUUCAGUAAGCAGUGAUAGCAAACAAAAAAACACAAAAACAAGACGAGGGUUAGCGUCAAAGAAUAUACUUUCCAAACUGAGAAACUUGCCCAAACAUAAAAGCUGUCCCAGUCCAUCAAAAAAAGAAAUCCUUGCUACAGAAAUAUCCACAAACGAAAAGGUCGGGGUAAAAAGUAGAACAGACAGAGACCUUGUCGUAAGUGACAGUGACACUGAGCAGCCAGAGCAAUGUGAAGAAGAGAAUAAGAAUAAAUUUAUUAAUAGAAAUAGAGAUGUGACAUUGGUGACAUUAAGCUCCCCUGAACUUAUCAGCUCUGGCAGCAAUGGCAAACAUUUGGUUUGUUCCAGGAACAGGAAGUUGUCAUCAAGUGCAGAGAACUCUGAAAAUGUGUUGAAAAAACAGCUGGCAAGAGAACUCUUUGGGGAUGACAUAAUAAAUAGUGGGGAAAUAACAAUAGGCCAGGCAGCAAGUCAUGGUGAGACAUUUUCAGAAAAGAAAGUCACACUUGUGGUUGAUUCCAGUGAUGAGGUUGAGAUAUCAUUUGACUUAGGAAUUAAUUAUGAUACUAAACAAAAUCAUUCAGCUCAGGAACAGGGCAUGCUGGUUAAAAAUGCUUCAUUUAACUCAUCUGGCAGUGUCCAGUGCUUAAAUGAGUUGCAAAAAGUUGAUGCGGGUUGUGAACAUAAAAACAGUCUGUCUUGUUCUCCUUUGACUAGCUCUCCAUUACAUGGAGAUGCUAAUAAUAGCCAGGAUAAUUUAAAGAAGUCUGCGAUUUUGGUUGACAGUGAAGAUGAUGAUGACUGUGUCAGAGUCAUAAAAAAAUCCAAGAAACCAAUGAUUGCUAGUGAUAGUGAUUCAUCCGAUCAUGAAGCUAAUGGCAUGACUUCCAGUUUUUUGUCAACUCAAAGUGAAACACUAACAACACAGCAACGAAUAGCUUUGGAAGGAGACUUGGAAAAGCUUCAUCAGGAGAUUGCCAAGUAUGAAGCAGAGCUCAAUAAACAGUCUUCAGCAUGUUUGUCACAAGAAAAAAAUAGAAAUAAAGAACAAAAUUCAAAUGACAGUAAAGAAAUGUUCUCGGCUACAGUGAUUGAUGACAGUCCAGUUGCUUCUGAGGCUGAAGAUAAAGGGAAGAAACCUGUUCCUUGUGAUGUGGUAGAUAGUGAGAUGGGUGAAGAAGACAGCAAUGAUCUCUUCCUCAGCCCUGAGCUGUCACCAACACACAAGAAAGACUUCCCACUUACUUCUGGUGUGAAAAAAACAUGUCUGUCACAAGUCAAAGACCAUUUUCUGAAACAGUUUCAGUCUCCAGGGGGGAGUGUUCGCACAAAGAAAUGUCUGGACUUUGUGAAGUCUGACAUGGUCAAAGAAUCAGACCUAUCCAACAAGUCUAAAAGCUCAAAGAGUACUUUAAUGAAGUAUCAGCCAGAGACAAGAAAAAGUGACUCUGCCAAUAAAAACCUGCCCACUAGUCCAGUGCUAGCAACUCAGAAAAAAAAUCUUUCUGCUGAAACUAAGAAGAAGGAAAUAAAACCCCCCACUAAAAUACAGAAAAGGACAUUUUAUUUGAUGGCUUCUGGGCUUAAUCGGGAGGAUCAUCUUCUGCUUGUAAAAUUUUGUGAGAUGUUUGGAGCAGUGCUGCAUCCCAAGUACACUCAAGAAGUUAGUCAUGUCAUAAUGAAGCCAGCUGCUGGUUUUGAAUUGGUGUGUGACAGGACUUUGAAAUACUUCCAAGCUGUAGCCCACAAAUGUUGGGUUCUGUCUUUGGCCUGGAUAGUCAAGUCACUAGAAGCCAAAGAGCUGUUGUCUGAGGUAGAGUUUGAAAUAGAAGGAGAUACAUCUUGUGGAGAGAAACUCAAUGGAGCCAAGCGUGCAAGGAUGUCCAAGAACUUGCUGUUUAACAAUUUUUGUUUUGCCUGCAUUGGGAAUAGUGAUGAAAUGUCUAAAGGUGACUUGUGUGAUAUACUGCAAGCUUGUGGAGCCCUAAUUGUAGAUGACCCAAUAGCACUUGCUGCACAGCCAACAAAAUACAAAUUGAUCAUCAGAUGCUCUGAUGGUGACAAUGUUCCUACUCCAGUGGAACUGGACAUGUUCAAUGGAUUAUAUAAGCAUAUGAGACUUGUUACAGUCAUGAGAGAAUGGGUUUUGGACAGUCUGGGAUCUUACAAGAUCAUUCCAUUGGCUGAUUAUGUUCUCAAUACUGCAGACCAAGUACAAGUGCCAUUUUAAUAAUCCCAACAUUUUUGUAAAACUUCACUAGUUGUUUUAUGGAUAUCUUGAUAUUAUUGCUGUACAUUUGCAACUGGUAAUGAUUAUUAUAACUUAACAAUACUACCAUAGUGAGGUAGAAAUGAUUUUUGUUUUCACUGAAUUUUAUUAAUUUACUUUUUCAUUAUACAAAUUAAACUUGUGAUACUAAUGUUAAAUUAAACA